AUGUUUGAUUUCAGCAACGCAGCAACGCUAACACCGCCAGAGCUCAGCCACUCGCCUUCGCCGUCGGUUGAAUCCAGCCCGCUUCUCUCUGUGCCAGCGUAUAUGCCAGCACCACCACCAAAGACGUCAGCCUCACCAACCCAGCUGGCUCUGAUUGAAGCAGAUUCUUGGUUUACUUCGUUAGAAUAUCUCAAUGAUUCGCCUGUUUCUGGUUACUCGUUUACCCCUUACGACCUCGCUCCUUCCCCGCCUCAAUUCUACUCUUUCCCUCCUCCCCAGCUUGCUCCUCCACCUUACGAGCAUAGUCAACCUCUUAUUGACGUGUACACGGGCAGCGCUCCUAUCGCUCAAAAGUCCCCGAGCACCUCUUCCACCAACUCAGAUUCUUCCUCGCUUAACUCGUCGGGUCCAGGUCCAAUUCGUCGCUUUUCUUGCCCUAAGUGCCAUAGAGCUUUCGCUAGACACUUCAAUCUCAAGCAGCACUUGGAAACUCACAACCCAAUGCGCAUAAAGCCCUUUUUAUGCCAUCACCCUGAGUGUGGAAAGAGAUUUUCUAGGAAACAUGAUCUCGUUAGACAUCAAGUGUCCAUCCAUCACAAGAGUGCUAAUAGUGACUGCUCCGGUCGUUGUACCGCCAAGCACUCUCACACUGAUUGUUAG